AUUUUGGACUAACACGUUAACUUACAGGGAAAUGCAAAAGGGCUCGGGGAUCAUCAGGAAUCAUUUUCACCAUCAUUUUUUGGCAACGGGAAACUGAAUGCUGAUGAUUCCUUGUCUGGUGAAGAUGUAUCUUCUCAUAAACCAGCUAAUGAUGUGAGAAACAACACCUAUGGACAUGGUUUUGAUCCAAAUGUCUCUCUUACGGAUCUCAUAUCCACAUUAUACAGUCAGGCUGAGGGGAUCACAGUUGAUAAUUCUAUGAAAAAGCCAACCGGAGAUGAACUGAGUUCAGCCAAAGUGGGUGUAAAUGCUGAUUUAGUGAAUGGAGAGGAGGAUUUCGAUGGAAAUUCCUGGGAAUUUAAAGAUGCCUUAUCAGAAAUCAUGGUUGAAGACGAGUUCAGUUCAAUCCAAGUGGAUGUGGGCUUUGUUAAUUCUACUGGAAAACCAACUGAAGCCCAAGUGGGCCUGAAUUCUGAUUUAGUAGAUGGAGAAGAUGAUUUUGAUGAAAAUUCCUGGAAAUUUAGUGAUGCCUUCUCAGAAACCAAAGUUGAAGGUCAAAGCUAUGUAUUAAAUCUCUCAGAUACAGACCGAAGGUUUCCGAGUGAAUCAAAGUUUAAGAAUUUCGUGGAUUUCUACUCUAGAUUGAAGGAGGAAUCAUGCAUUGUUGCGCUUCACCAUCUUGAUUGUCUAAAGAAAACCCAGAAGGUUGCUGUUAUUUCUGGUGAGGAUGUCAAAGCAAUGGCUCUCCACGAGGAAAUCCAGGCAGCUUAUAAGAAACUGCACAAAGAGGAUAUGUUCUGUGAAGAAGCUUCCUCAGAGGAGCUUUCAACAAAAAAUAUUUGUGCCCAUGAAUUUAUGAAUGAUCCAAAGUUCCAAGUGCUUGAAUUGGAAUAUGACUUGUCAAAAAGAAUAUCACUAGCAGAAAAUGAUUUGACUUCAGCAAUUGAGCUCUUUGAGCAUGCAAUUCUAAUGAUAAAGAUCCUGUCAGUAGGAUCUGUUGAAGAGCAAUCCGGUUAUAUUACCACAUGGUCUAAAUUGAUCUCAUCCUGUGCCCAAGAGUUGAAAAAUGGUGCCUUCAUAUGGAAGCAGUCAUUACUAAAGACUAUCCACAAGAAAAUUUUGUCUGGACUCCAAGGCCAAAAAUACUUUCUUGCUCUUGCGGAAAUAUUCAGAGUGGUUGGAGUUCUAAGAGCUUCAAUGAUACUUUACAAACCUUGGAUACUAUCAAACCUUGUAGAUCCUUCAGUUAUCUUUGCUCUAUUAGAGGAGUGCAUGGCUGUAUGGUCAGAUUCAGGGUUGGAAGAAGCUGUCCGGAGUAUCCCUGAUCCAGUUAAUGUCGAGUAUGAAGGGACUAUCAAAGCAUUAUUGGAAUCCAUCAAAUCUAUUCAUGGUCUUGAUGCUGAGGCUCUUCAAAACCAAGUUUUCUCUCUGGAAGAACCAAUAUGUCAACUGUCAGGAUUAUCUCAUGCAAUGGUCCCAGACAUGAAAGUUGUGGUUUGGGAUGGAGGUCACUACUUUCUCACACUAGCAAACUUGUGGGCAAAUAGGAUAUCUUGUGAUCCUCCAAAGACAUCACAUUUGUGCUUCAAUGAUGAUGACUGCCAAAGCUGAAAUCAAUUCUUCCAGAAUGCCUGAUCAUAUAUUUGAAUCAAAUUGAUUUCCUUUCUUGUAAAGCAGUCUGCACAGCAGCUAAAUUAGAAGGAAAUCGAUUAUGGAGGAAGUAACGGCAGGUUAGUCCUGAAGACCACACUAAAGGGUAUGUGCUUGAUUGAAGCUGCUUCUUGGAAAAGUAGUAGUUAUCAACUGUUUAAGAUUGGUCUCACUAAGGUUAUAUUGAGCAUUGGGGCUUGGUUUGGUAAGCUAGGAAAUUUUUUCUCCCAUUUUAUCCUGCAUUCUUUUGGCAAAAGUUGUAACAGUUUCUGUAUGCAGAACUGUUUUAUUGCCAGGUUGUAAUUUAUUUGUUUUAUUAUUGUAAUAGGUUAGAAAUAGAUGCAGCAUACCCAUACACAUUGUACAAUGUAAUAACAAGUACCCACUUCUUCUCCCCACCCCCACCCCCACCC